CUUUGAUGUCAAAAAAAAAACAUCGAUCUUAAUAUAUGGGCGUACUGCCCUAGCCAAACUACAACAAAUUCCUCGUAGUAGGAGCACGUUCCCUACCGGCCGGCCGGGAAUAUCUGCAGCGGGUACACGGCAACAUGUCAUCUCUUCUCUUCCGACUUGGGCGAUCCUUGUGGAAUUUGGUCAAGCAAAAAAUACUGCACCCAGCCACGAAGCCUCGUCGACGCAAUCUUCCCGUCCUUCGCGGCGACUUCAAGAGGCCGGCGCUCAACUGCCCCAGGUACAUCAUCUCCACGGUCUGCGAAUUCGCUCUCUUGAUCUGGUUGUUCGGGACGGCGUACUGCUACUUGACCUACGACCUGCCACGCGAGUUCUCCGUCCGCUUGACGCCGAUCCCGAGCAACGGCAGCGCGGGGGCUCCGGCCGCGACGACGUCCGUCCCCGGGGCCUUCGACGUCGUCCUGCACGCCGGCAACCGCCGCGCCGCGGAGAGGUGCUACCACCACGGGGAGGCGGCGGUGACGUACGGCGGCUACACCGUCGCGUCGGGCCGCGCGCCCGACUUCUGCGUGCCGUGGAAGGGGGCGCGCGAGGUGCCGUUCAGGCUGGCGUGGGACUGGGACGACGGCGCUGCUGGGCUGCCCGAGCACCUGCGUGGCCGCAUCGCGGCGGCGGAGAAGGUCGGCGCCGUGGAGUUCGAGGUCCAGUUGAGGCUCCUCCGGGGAGGCGACGCCCGCUCCGGCACGGGCACGCCGACGUGGAUGUGGUGCAAGGCGAGGAUGGGUGGCGCGCCUGGCGCCGUCACGCCCUGGCCCUGCACCGUGUUCGCUCCGCAGAACUGGUUUUCGCCCUUGGCCUAGCCGUCUCAGUCAAUGCAAUCAGUAAUUCUUUUCUUUACCUGGUACAGUACUUAGCUAACAUUGAUAGUACUCCUACGAGCUUGAUUCCAAGCAUGACACGAUGUUAUCAAUGUCCGCUUCUCAAAUGACCUGCCUAGUGUCUGCCAGUGAAAACAUUGGAGAUUUAUUUUUUAGGAUUUUUUUAGGAUAAAAUAUUGGAGAUUUUCUAAAACGAAAACAUAGCCUUGUUUUUCUUAUGACAAAUUUGGAUCGUAGAUUAGAACAAUAGGGCAAAGGUUCUACGUGAAUGCAAGCACCCAUGGUCUUGCCUCGAAAGACAAUAACUACACAUGGUUCUAAGAGGAAGGAAUACAUGCUAGCCACCUGUGCGAGAUUAUGCAUUCGUUGCUCCGCGUAUAUCCACGAUCAUGAAUUUCUAAAGUUUUGCACGUACACAACUACAUGCUUACCAAAUGUACAGUGCAAGUUUUCCUACUGUAUGAUUGAUGAACGAGAGAUUUACCCCAGCUAUAUCUGUAUACCGUGUGGUUAAUUGAACUGAACCCCCCUAUCCUCUGGCAAUUCGAUCACAUUGUUUUGUAGCACCAAAACAGCACACGGUUGCUGAAACAUACGACGCUGCACCAAGAACGUAUCAGGAACGAUGUAUAAGAAAGUGCAUGCAAAGAACUUCCAAGGUAUUCCUCCGUGUCCAACAGCAGAAAGUAUGUUUCAGUUCUUCAGCUUCAGCUUUUCCAUUCAAUUCUUCAGCUUCAGCGCACAGGCUCAGCAGUGUUUUAACAGACCACCAGAUUCACCGGCCUUUGCUGACCUUCAGCACACCUGCUUAUAGAUAGAAAACGAGAUCAUUACAACAAAUCCAUGGCCCUCGCAAUACACCUUGGAGAAUGUGCUUUUGAAUAUGGAUAACACAGUUUCAACUCUCAAGAUGAUAGCAUAACAUAACCCACACCUUUUUUUUGAGAUAAACCCACACAUUAUUUGAUUAAUUAUAGAUCAAAGCAUCGAU